AUGGAGUUCCCAGUCCUCUUCGUGGUGCUGUGUGUCGUGGCCUUCCUCUCCGGGGUGCCAUUAAACUGCUAUGUCCUCUUCAUUGCUGGCUGCCGUGUGGAGAGGACGGCCAGCGCCGUGUGGUUCUGGAGCUGGGCCGUGGCUGAUUUCAUCUUCAUCGUCUUCCUGCCCCUCAGAUUCACCUCCAUCUUCAUCCUGGACUUAGACUGGGCCAUGGUGCUGAGCAGCACCAUCACCUCCUUCCACAUGUUCUUCAGCGCCUUCCUCUUCAUGGCCCUCAGUGUCGAUUGCUGCAUCCUCGUGGCGCGCUCUGAGUGGGCCUGGAACCACUGCACGCCCCGCCUGGCUUUCAGGAUGGUUAUAGGCAUGUGGGCCCUGUCUGUUGGGUUCAGCUUGCGGUACGGUGUUCUCUGGGAAUCCCUGAACUCACCUGCCAGCACCAGCAUGAAUUUCCAACUGAAUGAAAGGAGGGUGAAGGCUGCUAUUGCCAUCCAGUUCCUGGUCGGGUUUCUGAUCCCACUAGCCAUGAUCCUGAUCCCAACAUCCUACAUCGUUCUAGCUGCCAAGCUGAGAUGGAACAGGCUGAUCCAAUCCACCAAGACACUCAAGAUCCUUCUUGGCUUGACCCCAACUUUUUUCCUCUGCUGGCUGCCGUAUCACGUUUUCUCCUUCCUGCAGAUCUCAGCUACGUACCCUCAGACUCUUCUGAGCAAAGGAAGCACUUUUGCUUGUGUCCUGACAUAUUUCAGCAGCUGCCUCAACCCCAUCUUCUACCUCACCAUAGAUGAAGAGUUUCAGCGGCACCGGCAACGUGCACGCAACCCGCAAACCACUGACAAUUUGGGACCAGAGCUGGCUGAAUAG